AACUCUGUUCUACCAGGAUGGUGUCCGUCGCUAUCGCUAAACUUGUGAAGUCCAAUAUUGACAUUUUCUUAUAAAAGUCAAGAUGGCGGGGUGUGACGAGAGUGAAUCGUGUAUAGUGUGCAAAAAACCUGUUAAAACCACCGAAACAGUGUUAAUGUGUGGGUUAUGGUGUAGAAAAUUCUUCCAUAAUGACUGUGUAGGCCUCAGCAACAGUGAAGCACGUGCUGUGACGUGUAAAAAAGAGCAUAUUAAAUUUCAUUGUGAAGCUUGCGGUAAGAGGUUAGGUAUCGAACUUUUCGGUGGGAAAGAAAAACAUGUGCCUAAAAAAUUAGCGAAUUGUGUGAACAACUGCGUCAACUUAUUGGAGCUCGUAAAAAAUAUUUUCAAGUUAACAAAUCAACUAUCAAACGAAAACUCAGCAAUAAAUUCCAAACUAGAUAAAGUUCUUAGUUCUAAUGCAAGAUUAGAAGAAUACUUAUUACAAUCGCCAAAGUUUUUCCAAGAACGGAGUCAAGAAACCUCUGACAACAGCGUCGAGUACGUGGAAAAUUUUUCUACCAAUAAAAUAACCGAAAUUCGUACGCAAAACAACGAUGCGGACUCACACAAUGAAAGCGUAAACAGCAAACGAAUGCAGUGCUGUGCAUCGGAGGCCUCAAGACAUCACCAACAAAGCGAUGAUAACAUUUCGCUGCAUAUUGCAAGUGACAUCCCCAAACAAAUACCUGAUAGUCACCAACGAGACGCUGUAGAAGGAUGCAUUUCAAAUAGCCUGGUUGAGUGGGAGGUGCCAGAUUGCCACAGUAGUACACAGAAUCCACUAAGCACUGAUAAAGAGGAAUGUUCAACUUCAGAAGAUUUUCUCGAGCCUGGCACAUUCAGUAUUGUGAAGACAGAGGAUGAAGAAGAUGAGGUGGCAGUGAUCAAGGAUGACUUGGAGUUUGCUGAUGCCUUCCGAACGAAGCUGGAACGAUACAAUCACACUCAGCAGAAGCAGAAUACGAAGUACAAGCUGUUCGAACAGAAGCUCAAUGACGAAGUGGUGUCAAUAGGCAGUGACAGUGAAGCAGAAAGUAUUAUCCCCAUUGGCAUGGAGGAAGACAAGAGUAGUGAUGACAGCGGCAGCUUGGUUACCGACGUUUCUGUGGCUGCAGCAACAGGCAAUGGGAUUCAGUGCAUCACCGAGCAGGAAGCAUCAAGUGGGAAUAAAAUUGACACAAGGCAUCUGGGGCACACAUGUGGCAUCUGCAAAAGGACGUUUGCACAGUUGCAGGAACUGCAGGAGCACGCAUACCUGGAUAGAUGCAAACGUCUGUAUUCAUGCAGCGUGUGUCACAAAACAUUCAGGAAGAGUAGCAAUUUGAAGGAUCACUUUCGUCUGCACACUGGUGAACGCCCAUACAGCUGUGGCUUUUGCAGCAAGACAUUCACACAAGGUAGCGGCCUGAAGCAGCAUAUGCGGCUGCACACUGGCGAACGGCCCUACGUCUGUGGUGUUUGCAACAGGGCAUUCACUCAGAGCACCCACCUGAACCAGCACUCUCGGGUGCACACUGGCGAAUUCCCAUACAGCUGUGAAAUGUGUCAUAAGAGAUUCAGGCGGCACAACGACCUAAGGAGACACUUGUGGAUGCACACUGGUGGAACACAAUAAAAUUGCAGUGUUCAUCAAAAGAAAGUCACUCAUAACAGCAACUUUGGAUAACACACUGGGAAACGCUGAUAAACUUGUGAUGCAUUUCCAUAGAUGUUCACAACGGCAGAGUUAUACCACUUCCAUUUAGGGGCAGAUACUAUUACUCCAUACUGGUACUAUCUUUGACUCGAUUUGACAGUCCCAUAUUGAUUUUGGAAUUUUUAGCUGUUUUGUAUUACAAGUUGCAAUGUGCUGUUUCAAGACAAUAGAGCAUUAAAUAUUUAUCACUCAUCAUUAAAUGUCAGUUAAUUACACAUCUAUGAUAUAAGCCUUCAAGAGAUACUAUGAUAAGCAAGACAUAAACAAAAAUCGCAUGACUUCGGGGUUGCGUAAUGGACAAUGUCGUGAGUUGCAGAGUCGAAGAAAGUAGGUUCACAUUGCACUGUUUGUAUUUUUCUCUUUUUUAAUUUUAUCAUGAAAACACUUGGAACUUUACGAAUGUAAUACAUGUGUGUUCCACAAUACUCGAUGUUAUUCACAUUUCCAUCAGAUUAGAAAAUGGAUGAAAUAAAUAUUUGGCUGUUUAUUUCCGAAUAUGUGGCGAUUUGAAUGUCUAAUUAGACAGGAACCUAAUGAGACAUCUUAAGUUGCUACAAGUGAAACGAGAUGCAAUAAAAUUCAUAUUCUUCCUUGUCACAAAUAUUUCACCAUUUAUUUCCGAAUAUGUGAUAAUUUUCGAGUGUGUGAUUAGGUAGUAACUUAAGAGGUAUAAAACAUUCUUGGACUUAUUGUCGCAUCAAUUCAGGGUAAAACCUCGAGCUUUCGAAAGUUCCUCUAUCAUCUUCGUCAGGAACCAGCUCAUGGAACGACACGCAGCCUGUCGGAGUAGAACCUGGACGAAGGAGCCAUCCCGGCCUUUAAUAAACUGAUUGACUGUCGCUACCAUGCACUGUACCUACCAUGGAGUUCAUUAGUGGAGGGGAACGGGUGGUGUGGCAUCUCCCACAAGAUGCCGCCGACGAGGUAAACCUCACCAACAGUCGCAUUUUAGCUACAGCCAAGCCACCAAAAUCUAACAUCAGCAGAACAGUGAAAGAGGGACUCCGUGAUUGCCAAAAUAUGAAGGUCUUGUGUGCUUGUGGCUGACAAGCGAAAUGCCAUCGUUGUUCUUAAUACCCUGAAUACAACAGCAGAGUGGCUUUAUUGUUGGGUGAUAACAAGUACAGAUGCCUAAAAUGGGACCAAACUUUGUCAUACGGCAGAAAAACAGUGGAGCUCCUGCUAGAGGUCCAGGUCUAUUCUAGGGUUUCAUCAAAAAUCUUAGAGCACAAGCUCCCAGACCUCCUAAGUUGUACAGAUUACCUAAAGUCAACAAGGGAUGUAUUCCGUUGAGGCCAACUGUUAGCACUGUUGAUUGUCCUACCUACUGGCAGGCCAAAUAUUUAACUAAGUUGAUAAAUCCUGUUCAUUGAGAAAAUUAAACAGACUAGAGUUGGCCCAAGCGAUAUUUUAGUUAACCUGGAUGUGGUCUCACUGUUUACAAAAUUUCAUAUGGAGGACUCAUUAAAACUAUCAAAAGAGCAUUUUCCACCUGGAACGAUAAAGUUUUUCCGACAUGUUAUAAUGACCAUCUACUUCUUGUAUGGUGGUAAGUUUUAUGAAAUGACGGGUUCUCCAUUCUCUUCGGCAAUGGCUAACAUUUUUAUGGGACAUUUUGAGGAACGUGCAUGAAAUUUGGCUCCCCUGUGUCCAUCUUCAUUUUUUUUCGUUUUCUUGAUGACACUUUUGUGGCUGGCCAUACGAUUUAGAAGCUGUUGAGCACUUCCAUGAAUAUAUGAACAGUAUGCACCCAAACAUUCAGAGUCGGGACAGAUAAUGAGGGAAGGCAUGCAUCUUUAGAUAUUUUGGUACAACGAAAAUUGGAUGGACGUCUCUGCCAUUCAGUGUACCACAAACCGAUGCACACUAAUAUAUAUCUUAGCGGUCAGAGUUUCCACCAUCCAUUCCAGAAGAGGGAAAUUUUAAAUACACAGAUAUACAGACCAAAAACAGUUUCUAACGAGAACCACUUGCAUUCCGAAAUUAAUCAUUUGAAAUACGUUUUAGGAAAGAAUGGCUGUGGGUCAUGUGAUAUGAAGUCAGCGUGAAGAAAACGUGAACAUGUUGAAAAUUUGCGUGAUGAGCCAUCUUUUGUAUUCCUUCCUUUCUGCGGCGCUACAUCCGGCAAAAUGGGCAGAGACAAGAGAUCUAUCUUCGCUUUUAAGAAGAUAAAGGAGAUGCUACGUCCUUUUAAGGACAAUCUCAACCCCAGGAUUUAGAACAUCUCAUGUUAAUGCGGAAGGAAUUACAUCGGUCAUUUCACUUUCACCGUUUCCAACCACUGUACAGAGCAUCAACGGCAUGUUAACAAUCUAGGACUGGAGAAAUCUGCAGCUCAUGACCACAGCUUUACAAACAAACAUCAAGUUCUAUUUGACGAAACAAAGGUUUUGUGUGAGGCUUUUGCAUACCGGCAUUCUCUAAAUAAGAAAUCUGUAGUAGAAAUAAGAAUGUGUGAGAAGAUAUUUAACCAUGACCGCAGAUAUAACCUUCGUGGUGCAUGGAAGCGAGUUUUCGACGCAGAGAAGCGCCAGGGAUAUUCGUCGCAAUGUUUACGCUAUGGCUGGAGCAGUGGCGGCCACAAGUCAGACAUUGACACCAUCUGCUACAACAUUACGUAAUUACCGACCAAUCUGUGUGCUAUAAAAGGGCACCACAGCGGAAGUACGAGAAUGUUUUGCAUAUCAGUGCCGUCGCGAAAGACUUCAUUUUCAGGAGUGUAAGAGGACAGUUUAAAUUGCUGAGAGUGAAACAAAUAGCAAUAACAUGUAUAUUCUUCCUUGUCACGUAUAUUUACCCGUUUAUUUCUUUCCAUGUGCAGAGAUCAUGAUGAGACAGAUACUCCACAUGUUACAAACGGUGGUACUUCCGGUUGAUAUAUUUCUGCCACUAACAACGUGUGGUGCAUACUGGAGAAGCAUUCCCUUUACACACGGGACGUGCCAAAAACCUCCUGAAAAUCCAUUCAUGAGUGCACAGUGACUACUACUGUUUGUGAUGUGAUGCUGCCGUAGGAAACUGAAGAGCUGAAACAGUUUAAAAAUGCGUGUGAUAUUUCACGUUAGUACGAUUUAAAUGUCUGAGUGUUCUGUAAGGAACAUGAGACGUAGUGAUAAAGUUUUAUUUAUCGUAUCUAAAAAAUAAAGUUACGUAACUAAGGUGUUGUUUUUACACCUGUAUGUAUCUGCAGUCCCGGAAUACAUUGAAAUGCCUACUCACAGUGCAGUAGCACACCAAUAGAACAACUGAUACAAAAUAGAAAAGCCCGUUUCCACUCUAUCAAAUAGGUAGCGCCAUUUUGUUUUCCUUCCUCUAAUGGUGUGCUAUGGUAUUUUGAUUUGGAGAUUUCAGUGUGUACCAGGGUUUCAGGAACGUGCAUGGAACAUUAAUUAGAUAAUUUUGUUUUUCCAGUCCAGUAAUUAAACAUCUGUCAUAAGCCAUAACUACAACUUUUGUGUUCUCUAUUAAAAAUUACUUAGAAAAAGAAAGUAAAAUAUGACAUAUUUGUGUAUACAAUUUUUGUUUAAAAUUAUAUAUAAGGAAAAAUAUAUACAAAAGAGAAACAAUUUGUAUAAUUCCUGGCAUUGUAGUUAAAACUGAAUGGGAGAAAGAAAAUUAAACUAUAUAUUUUCACAGCAUUGCAUACUCACAGUUUGUCUUAACAAAAAACCUGUACAUUGUUGUUGAAAAAAUAUC